AGAAUCUAGAUAAAGUACUGCGCACUGCAACACACCUAACCUAACCUAACAAUAAAUAGUAUCGAAGGUUUAUAAUGAAGAUCUAUAUAGUCUAUUAGAACUUUUGGUUCUUCUAACGAAAUCAAGUUUCUAUUAAGCAGAUACUUUUGCAAUAUUAUUGAGGUGUUCUCCUCAAUGGGAUAUUAAACAUUUACAUUUUAAAGGUCCAGAUCAUAACAAUUGAAUACAAUGAUACGAGGGACUACUGUAAUGGGUACAAGUGUGUUAGCAAUUAGAAAUUUAGGUGGUUACGACCACCUAAUAUCUCAAUUACCUUCAAUUCAAUGUGUACGAUGGAAGAGAAAACCAAUAUGGUUAGGUACAGCAAAAACAAAAAUAUUCAGAGUACCAGUGAAACCAGUGAUACCUAUAGAAGAAGCUGAAGAACUUAAACGGUUGUACAAUAAUUAUCGCACGAGCAUGAAAUCAUUGAGAUCUUUUCUUGUGCAAACUCUUUUAGAAAGUAAAAAGGCGACUACGGUUCAUAAUUUAGAAGCUAUUGCCCGAGAAGAUUUUUUAAUUCGUAGUUCUAUAAAUAAAACAUGGAAUGAACAAGUAGCUGCAGAACGAGAACUAAGAUUGCAAAAGGAGAAAGCAAUGCGUAUAGAAACAAUUUUGAAGAAAAAAGAAAUGAAAGCAGAAAGAGAUAUGGCAAUCCAACAGAGAGUAGAUGCAGAAGUUAGAAAAGCAAAAGAAGAAUCUGCUACAUUUAUUACACCUGAUAAUAUAGAUGAAGCCAUUGAACUAGCAGUACGAAAUGUUAUAAGUUGCAAUGUUACAAUUGAUUUAGAUGGUAAUUUUUAUCCGGAAAAACCUGAACAAGUAACAGGAACUUCACAAAAUAUUUGAAAUAAUUUGUAAAUUAUGUAAUAAAUUCCUUACACCUUAA